UCAUCAUCAUCAUCAUCAUCUCACUCUCCGUCUUUAAUUGCCUCUCUCACUCCACAUAAAGUCACUGUGAUUGACUAUGUCUUUCUCUUGUGUGCGCUCAGCAGUAGCCUCCCUCCUCACCCUCCUCACCCUCACUCAGACUCACACACACCCAAGCAUGCUCAGACACACACACACACACACGCCCACACGGACACACUCCUUGUUUGCAGCUGCAUGAACUCAUGAAACACUCUGCGUGAGGCGACUGCUUCUCUGGAUUCUCAUGAUCCUUCAUUUUGAGGUAAGGCUGCCCGGCGCGUUGGUCACUAACGAACAUCUCGUGGACCCACAGGGACUCUAAGUGGUGAUAAAACUGGAUCACUACGGCUCAGGCUGGGCUGCAGCAGCAGUAUUGGCACUUAAUGCAGGCCAUACAAUUUCCUUUUGUCUAGUGGAGUAUUUUCCGUCUGGCAUAAUGUGGCACAGUCUGAGGUAGGUUUAUUGCAGAUUAUAAGUACAGUGUGAUGUAUCUUGUUUGUUUUGUCCUGAUAGAUGAAGGUGGGGCUAACACACUCCCAGAUGUUCUUUCUAUCUGCCUCUAUGAGCAAAAAUAGUUCACAAUGUACAAACUGAGUUGAGCUCUUUGAGAAGUUCAUGAAGCAGAAGUGCAUCCUAACUCGUUUUACUGUGUCAUUUUCUUAUGAAAAGCAUCAAAUUCAUGCAACAAAGAUAUUUAAAGUUUCCUCGAGCAAGGAUAAGUCUGACUUUAUGCAUGCGUUGCUGGAAAGUGGCUGCAGUAUUCAAUUUAGUAAGUGGACAGUCACUUUGUGUUUCCCAGCAGCUGUAAAACCAUUUGAGGAGCAGUGUAUUAUGCUGUCACUGUCGGACAGUUUAUUGCUCUAAUUUUGGAGCAGGACCAGCUGAUCUGCUGAGUUAAGGGCAACAAUAACCAAACUUAACAAAACAGAAGCUUUUCUCUCUCUUUUAUUUUCCUCCAGUGGUGCACAGAGGGGAAUCAAAAGUGGCAGAUAGAGACAGAGAGCGUCUGUCACAUUCAUCAUUUUCUAAUCUCCUUUGCUUUAACAGAGUUAGGAUGUAUAAAAUUGUAGAUGAGCUUCGGCUCCAGUUUCAGUUUUUGCUGGAACUGUCUUCUUGAAUUGAGAUGAAAUGAACCAGGUCUUUGUAAUAGACACCACCCGUCAAAGCUUUCUGCUCCUUUAACUUUUACAAAAAGAUCUUUAAAGUUUACGUCUGCGUCAUUUGGAGUUAUCCAGACUUUACUUUUUCUCUUACAUAAUAAUCUUUUUUUGAUUUUCCAAUAUUCAUAUAUUUUUUAGGUAUUUCCCUUUUUCUUCAGGAAUAUCAGAGUGAAUAUGUUAAGAUAAUGCAAUUCGAUGCAGACAAAAAACAACAGGUGACUACAGCUCAACAACAUGAAUGACUGUGUGUGACACCGCCACGUCUAAAUGCUUCACUUUGUUGUCGACUGUCACAUUCAUCACUGUCAGCUUUUGUGUUUGUUGGUAAGGUGAACUUUUUAUUGUACUUUUAUUUCACUAAGAUAGCUGAUGUGACCACUCUGGGCGCUGUUUUAUAUUAAGAACAGUGGUUACACAAACAUGAGACUUUUUUAUUGAUUUUUAAAAUCUAUUGUCACCAUCAGCAGCGAACAUCAUGUUGUUCUUUAUUGCACAAGAUUGUCUGUUAUUAGAUUUCUGACUAUUUUGUGCUGAUAUGUUUUUCUCUAACAGUUUUUAUGGAUCAUUGAGUUCCUCCAGACUGCAGAAAACAUGAGCUUGCACAUCUACAGCUGUGACAUUUAACACAUCCACAUAAAGGGACAGAGUACACUUGUCAAUGAAUGUGCAUCAUCUCCCCUGAUAUAAAAUAAAGAUAACACUUAAAACUGUUUCAUUCUUCCCAGUGCCUCCUCCUUCAGAGUGUGAGGCGGACGGCCUCCCCAGUGGUUACGGAUCCAGGGAUUCGAUCCUAAAGCCCGGGGAGAGGAGGGACUGGAAGAGACGGAGGCGUGGGCAGCUUCAGGCAAUCAGCAGGUAGAAUCAAUGAGCAUUAAAACAUCUGUAUUCAUGACACAGUCAGAGCUACUCUGCAGUCACAUCUGUUCAAAGGGUCACGUUAGUUGAGGGGUGUGUUAUUGGCUUUGCUGCAUUAACAGUGUGGUGAGGCCUGAGUCCAUUUAAUGCCUCAUGUACAUCCCACAGUCUGUCUGCAGCAGACGUAUGUACUACUGCUGGAAUUGUUCUCAGGCUCUGCGGUCAGUGAAAAAACACUCGUGUUUGUGCGGUUUCUGAUGUUUCAGCUGCAGCAGCUGGGAUCCCAGUCAUACCAGCACUGAGGCUGGCAAAGGGAAGCAGCAGCCUGUGUUUGGACUGGGCGGAGGUUCAUCCAUGCGUUGCUCAACCUUGCUAGGCAUCCUCACGGGGGUGCUUCUGUACCUGGUGCUGGGAGCUGUGGUGUUUCGUGCUUUGGAGGCUCCACGUGAGAUGGGCAAGCACAUGCAGCUGCAGGACACACGGCAGGAGUUCUUGUCCAACUUCACCUGCGUCGGUCCUGAGAAUCUGCAGAGACUCAUAGAGGUACUACAGAGUUUUCCUUAUAGAGAACCAAUGGUUAUCCUGCUUAUAGUUUGAAUAUGAAUCUAACAGAGAUGAAGAAGGAACAGUUAAUUAUGUCAUUUCUAUAAAAUAGCCUCUCCUCAGCACUCUACCUUUGAUAUUAUGUGGGCGGGGCAUCAUGGUGCAUAAAUCCACCUGUGUCUGUAUAGGCCUGAGCAUAUUUGUGACACACCGAAACUCUUUGUAUUGAAAUUUUCUGAAACUUAAAAACAUUGGCUUUUAAUUUUUUUUUUUUUUACUUUAAAUUCAUGUUUUUUCUCUCAACUCAACAUUUAUAUCAUCUCAUAAUUCCUAUUUCUUGGAAAUCUGCGGAACUUGAGACCUGUAGGGUAGCAACACAGACUUAACAUAUGAUGGAUUAAAAAGAUGAUGAUUUAACCCAAUCUUUGCAUGAGAACAACUAAAAACUAUUUCAAACACCACAUGAAAAACACUUUUUUUGUCUUUUCUUCACUGUCAUGCCAGUUUCAGCUUUUAUAAUGAUGUGUAAUGAUAAUCUGUAAUGAUCUCACAGAUUUCACUAAAGCUAUUUUUUAGUUACUGUCUGAAAAAAAAAAACAGCUGCAGAUGCCAAAAAAUGUAUAAGCAAAGGUGAAAACAGAUUUUUUUUUAGAAUAUUUUCUUCAAUUUUGCACAGAGAUGUUCAUUUUUCCCUGUUUUGGUUAUCUUCUGCUCUGCACAGCAGAUGUCGGUGUACCAGGUCCCAAGUUGUGGUCGACACAUGAAUGAAAACUUUCCAGGAUUUUGUCACAUAACAGCUUCACAUAUUAAUUUAGAGUAAUUAAAAAACUUUGCUGACUUUGAAAAAACAACUCGUCACAUUAAAUCAUUUAUGAUGUCUUCAUCAAAUUUUAACUGUAUUUGGCUCUGCAGUGUAGCUAUUUGUGACUUUGUGGAGUCUGACUGUGGACCAGAGAGCAGGUGUUUUUAUGGGAACUGUGCAAGGAUGGGUCAUCUCUAGUUUAUGUGUGUGCGCACAUGAAAGCUGAUCUGUGCAUAAACUGAGCUUUACAAGACGGGUUGGAGCGCAGCGAUGAUGAGAUGUUUGUUCUGGUUCCAGAAAGAAACUUGUAAAAUACAGUUUUAGCUGCAAAGUGAUAUAUUGAUGUGCUGGCUGACAUUCACAGAGAGGUUAAACCGGGACUGAAGGAUAUGACAAAGUGAGCAGUGGCAUCCUGGAGUCAAAGAGGGCGUUCUUCUGUAUGUAGGUGUUCAAAGCAACAUCAUGGGGUGCACAUGUAAUAUCUUGUGUACGCAAUUUAAUUUUAUUGUGCAAACAAUUUAACCCUCCUCCAGCGUUAGGGUCUGCACUGACCUGUUUCCUUUUUUUUUUUUUUAUGCUUAAAAGAACCACAUAAAUGAGCUUUUUUUGCAUCAAGACUUCAGGAACCUCUAAUUCAACAAAUUAAAAGUAAAAAAAUAAAUUGACUAAAUUAUAAAAUGCUCUUAUUAAAAUUAUGUCACUUGGCGUGUCAGGGUCACUGUUGACCCGGUUAGAUCAAUAUCUAAUAAUUAGAGCAAAAAACUGAAAUCAUAAGUGCACUGUCAGGCACCACACUGACAGUCAGAUCCUCUUCCAAUCAUGUGAGAUUUAGAAAAUUCUCAUUUUGCCAUGUUUUUCCCUGCACAAAUAACAACACUGGGCAUGUCCGGACAUGUAAGAUCAAUUCAGUAUAGAUGUCUGUAUGAGGGGUGUAUUGACAAAGAAAGACCCAGAGGCCCACGACAAAAACUAUUAUAAUCAAUAUUUUCAUGGAUAAUAAAGCCUAACAAGGUAAGCUAGAGAUGAGAACCAAAUUUGGUGUAAUUUACAGCUGAUUUAAGACACAGGUGGAAACCAACCCUUCACAUAGUGGGUGUGUAGUAAAAGUUAACACAGGAUGACGUGCAUGUUAUCUUUUGCUCAAGAGUUUUUUUGCAGAAAAAAGUGAACUUGUUCCCACAGCUUUUUGAAAACACAUAAUUUAAUGGCAACAAACUUGUAAAAAAGUAUUAAUAUCUAAUAUAAAACAUCUAAAUGUAAGUGGGCAGAUGUAUCGAUAGUGUGUUUUAGUGUUGUAUUUCUCCAUUAUUAGACUAAAACUAUGAAUAUCACAUGACCCGCUUUUCAGUAUCAGAAUACUUCUGCUUUUAUUCAUUUACCUGCACUUUGGCAAUUUAUGAUAUUCUGAUAAGGGAAUGAGGUGCAACAAAUCAGCUGUCAUGCAGUCCUGGAACCUUGUGGACAUUACUUUAAGAGGAUUUCCCUCCUAAUUCAAAAACACACAUAGAUGCUCUCUCUGACCUUAAACUGGCUCGUCGCAUCUGAAGUUGCAAGUGUGAUUGUAAAGAAGGAAAAGGCAAAAGGUCUUGGCCGGGAGUCCAUCAUCGCUGGCUGGUAACACCAUCAUACCCAGAGGCUAUCUUGUGAUCAAAGGUUGGCUGAUGGGUUCUGAGGUUACCGCCAUAGACUGUUUAAAACAUGGAUUAGUCUCAGUGACAUCUCUCCAUAGUUUCUCAAGAGGCUCUAUGAAUCCUAAAGAUGGUGGUCACCAUAGUAGUAGUAGAGCUAGUAGUAGUAGAAGUGCUGAUGCACAUACACGCCUGUCAGUUGAAUCAGCCAUGCCUCAAAUCGAGCUGAAUUAUGCAUCAGUCUCAGAGUUUGAAAAAAUGUCUCCCCCAGACAGUUGACCAGAAAUGGACGAUUAAGACUGAACAAUUUUGUUGUAGGCCGCUGGCAUGGUUAAUUCUACUGGGCAUUUAAAGUCGACUUUAACACGGGUUCCUCAGCUUUUGGAGCCUGCCUGAAGUGGAUUAUUGAGAAACUGCAGUUUUUGUUUUUUUUUUUGCACUAAGCAUGGCCUCAGUUUUCAACACGGACAGUUUCCUCCAACAUCCAAAAAGUGCAGUCCGGAAAAAAACUGGACCUCUACAAGACAUAUAAACUUAAAACACAGCUCAGUUGUGUGUCUGUAAAACCAGACAACAAGUGUACUCAGUGACACCUCACAUCAGAUGUCCUCAUCUUAUCCCUGACUGAAGCAGGCAGCUGUUUCGUAGCCAUUCUUCAGAUGUUGUUCUGUUUUACAAGCGGCAUUGAGGGUCAGGUUUCACUGAACCAGAGUCAGCUGAUGUCUCAACAGGUCCUCAGUCCUUCGUUCCUUCAGCUCACUGUGUGAAAUCUUGAGAAGAUUUUAACAGAGAUUUUAAAAAGCUAAAGGAAAUCAGUCCAGCACAACUAACCGUCUAGUAUAAUGAAUAAAAAGACAAAGUAUUAAUGUGAGACGGUGAAGUUUGGGAAAUUAUUGGCUUUUCUUACACCAGCUUUGCGCAUUUACUUUUUAAGCUAAUGCAAAUCGAUUUUAAUAAAGCCUUUAAAAUGAAUAUUAGUCUUCAAAUGAGUUGGGACAGAUUUAAGCAGCUGCAUCAGUCUGACGGACACCGCCUGUCUCUGUAAUCAUAAAUUCACAACUCAUUAGAGUUGGUGAUAUACUUUACUUCAUCUGCUGCAAAUGUAGAAUUAACAAAAGUACCAACAGACACAAAAUAGAUAAGUGGGUCAGUUAAUUCGAUUAUCCAUGAUGGCAGCACUUUGGACACUCUAGACUGAAUGAGUCGUCACUUCAUUGUCUCAGAUUGCUUGAGCUGAUACAAUGACGAUGCAGUUUGUACAUUAUCACUCAAAUUACUGAAGGACCAGAAGCUCUACAUCCUGUUAGUAAAGUUAGUAAAUAAGGAGAGUUAAAUGAGUGGUUCAUGUAUGUAUGUAUGUAUGUAUGUAUGAAUAUGUGUUAAUACCUAUGUAUGUAUGUAUGUAUGAAUAUGUGUUAAUACCUAUGUGUGUAUGUAUGUAUGUAUGAAUGUAUGUAUGUUUAUGUGUCUUAAUGGACUCAUAUGUAUAUAUGUAAGUACUGUAUAUAAGUUUUCAUUAUCAUCUAAAUUAACAUCAGCCUGGCUAAUAAUCAUAAACACCACAAUGCAGGAUGUUUGCCACUCGUCACUAACAUAUGAACUAACAUAUCAGUGCGUAGCCUCUGCUUGCCAAAUAUGAGGCAAGACUUGUGUUCAGAUCAAGUACUUGUGCUGUGUUCCAAAAUACUGUGAGUGGCUUCCUUUGAAUAUUUUGUUUCUAAAAAUGUGUUUUUCCUUUCCAGUCUUUAAAUAUUAAUUUUAAAUGGUUGAUGUUUUACCAUUAUGCCAUGUAAAUCUUAAAGGUAUUUUGUAAUUUUGCCACCCUGGUCAAAGAGUCUGGACUGUUAAAUACACUUACUACACACUGUAUCCACAGGAAGUGGUGGAUGCUGUGGGUGCAGGAGUGGAUCCCAACAGUAACAGCACCUUUGUCAGCGGGUGGGACCUGGCCAGUGCCUUUUUCUUUUCAGGGACGAUCAUCACAACCAUCGGUGGGUGAGCAGUCACAUCAUUAAGGCAUAAACCAUUAACCACAAAGAGAUCCUGACUGAAUAUAUGUUAUUAGAAACAUGUAGACUACUGCUCUUUGACCUCUGACCCCAUAUGUCCAGGUUUUGGCAACAUCUCCCCAAAGACAGAGGGCGGUCAGCUGUUCUGUAUUUUCUACGCUCUGGUGGGAAUCCCGAUGUUUGGUUUCCUGCUGGCUGGAGUCGGAGACCAUCUGGGAACUGGACUGAGGAAAGCUGUUCUCAAAAUAGAGACUCUCUUCAGGGUCAGACCCUUGAUUCAACAGACCUUUUGGUGUCUCCUUUGCUCGUACUGUUCACAAACUUUCCUUCUGUUGUCUCAUCUCUGUAUGUUUUUCCUCUUCCUGACAGAAAUGGAAAGUAAGUCCCACUAUAGUGCGAGUAAUCUCUGCCGUCCUGUCUAUCCUGCUGGGCUGCCUGCUCUUUGUUGCAGUGCCUAUUCUGGUUUUCCAAGAGGUGGAGCAGUGGAGUCUGUUGGAGUCGGCCUACUUUGUGGUUAUCACACUGACAACAGUGGGGUUUGGAGACUAUGUCGCAGGUAUUAAGAAGUUUAUUAACCAACUAUAACAGACAGUAAUGCGCCCAGACUCUCAGAAGGAAGUAAAAAAGGUGGGUAGUAUUAUAAUAUCCAUGUUGCAGUUGUCAUUUUGUGAAGGUAAAUUACAGUAAAGUUGCCAAAAAUUUUAAAACUUAUGUAUUAACUUUGUCUUCUAAAUAACAAUCAAUUGUAAACAACACUGUGCUUGAGAUAUGAAAGUUCUUUUAUUUACAUACCCUGCUGUGACCAUGCUGUUGUCUUGUUGAUUCAACAAAGCAUGAUGAAAACAGGUCUUUAAAAGAACUUUAAAACUCCUGGAAGGAGUUUUUGAUCAUUUAAUGAUCAUUUAAUGAAGCCGGCUGAAAUAAACUCUGACAUGUCUCCAUGACGUACAAAAGCAUAUUAGACCACUGAAGGCAAGACUGACAUUCCUCAUAUUUUUUAAUGUCUUACACUACUGUGAGAGGGUAGGUACACUGUAGAAAAAGCCUUAGUUACUUUUCCCACUGGAAAUAGUCAUAAUGAGUGGUAAAUUUCACUGUAGAAAGACAACAGGAGGAGAUUUUUUUGUCAGUUGUCAAAAGUGAGACAAAAUCAGCAAUGAUAUAAAGGCUAAGACUAUGUAAACAGAAGGCGCCACAGUCAACAUAGACAGAAAGUUCCUCACAGGAGCUUUAAGUGAUCUUUUCAUUAAAUACUCAAUAAAAAGUUACAGAAAUGUUAGAGGUGGAAUGACAAGCCUCCUUGAUUUGAUCAUUUGUGUGAAGUAGUCACAGAAGGUAGAAACAUUUAAACCUCUUGUGAGGAGUGACUGUGGACAAGCUUAUACUUCUGAUCUCUUUACUGAUUGUCCAUUUAUUUCUACUGAAGGGUGUUAAUGAUAAAAAAAAAUCCACCUUUGUUUUGACUCUAAAAUGUCUCUUCUACACGAGUCUUUCCCAUAGUAAAUUCAUAAAGAGCAGUUUUGCCUGGACAACGUUGAACCCCAACUUUUGAUGCUUACCCACUGGCAGCAGUAACAGGCAUUAAAAUCAACUUGAGAUGUUUGACCUUGUGCUGAUGUUUUUAAAAUUUUUAUUUGCUUUUAUGGGUCACAUGGAGGCAUUGGUAUGGGUUUCGGUCUGUUUCAUGACCAGCUAAAAACUCUGUACAGGAGCUUGAAGAGAAGCAGAAGUUAAACUUAAUCAUUUGACCAUCGUAGGUCAGGGAGAUGUCUGUUUGUUGCAUCGCAUUCAUCCUGUCCACCAGUAGACCAGCAGAAGUUCUUACACAAGGAGCAUUUUCUCCUUCCUUAGCAUGUUUUAAAUAUUUUCAAAUUUAAAACAAAUUACCAAAGUGAGUAGUUUGUUAACAUCUGACUUCUACUUGCUUUUCUAUACUCUUGAUUUUUGGUUGGAUUUAUUUAUCUCUAUAAGAGCUGCAUCUAUGACUUAAUUAGUCCUCCAUAAAUAUAACUGUCAGUUGUAAUGCAUUAAGUUCACUUAGCGCAGACAUUUUUCAAUUACCUCAUUAAUUAUUCAGGAUUUUUGUCUUGUCGGGGAUGAAUUAUAGAUGAUGUCAUCUGAUAAAAGUAUCUCCUGUCAUUAAUGUUUAUUUACUCCACAGACGAGAAUGGAUGGAUGCAUGAAUGUGAUGCUGUUACUUAACGUUGCUCCACUGUGUUUCGUGUCCAAGGGGAUUCUGGGAAUGAGGGCAGUGACCACUGGUACAAGCCUUUGGUGUGGUUUUGGAUCUUACUGGGCCUCGCUUACUUUGCAUCAGUCCUGACAAUGAUUGGUAACUGGCUUCGCGUUUUAUCAAAGAAGACAAGAGCUGAGGUGGGUUUUCUUCUUCUUCUUUUUCUUCUUCUUCUUCUUCUUCUUCUCCUCUCAUGUCUGUUCCAUUAUGUUUUGUCUCUCCCACUUCCUGUCCAUUAUCUCUGCUCUCACCCUCUCCUCGUAGAUGGAGGAGCUGCGAGCCCACGCCACAGACUGGACUCAAAACAUCCAGAACAUGUCUGUGGAUUUCCGCAUUCCAGGAAAAAUCGAUGACCCCUUCAAGCGCCGUCGAAAAAAGCGCCGCCACGGCCCUCGCAGCCAUGGUCACAGUGUGUCAGCCAAUGGGGCCCCUGAAGACAACCAAGAGCAGCAGGGUAGUCAAUCAGAGUCUGGAUCAUCUUGUUCCUCAUCCUCUUCUUCUAAUGAAUCAGAGUCUGCAUCAGAGUCAGACUCUCAGGCCACACAGACGGAGCGGGUGCCUGAAGAGAAACCAGCAGAGCCUGAAAAGGAGGAGACUCUCCCAGCUCCCCACCUGUCUCAGCCUCUGGACUACUUUGGGGAGAACCUUGCGUUCAUCGACGAGUCCUCAGAUACUCAGAGUGCCAAGGUACACUUGGAUCCUCUGCUGGAUUCAACACAGUCCAUCUCUGGACGCUCUCGCCAGCCCAAGAGAAGACGCCACAGGAGACCAAUACCACAGAGGAGCCCAAGGGUCAACCGCUUAAACCCAGACAAGAAGGAGCCCAAUGGAAACCCUAAACUAGUCCCAGAUCUACCACUGAAGCCUCAAGCAGAUCACAGAAUCCCCACUGCACAAGUUUAGACUUUGAAGAAACAACACGGGUUCAUAACUCUGACAGAGGAGUUCAAAAUGAUGCAAGUGAUUUGUGUAUAAUUUCAGCUUCAUUUCAAAGAUUUAAAAUGUUGCAGAAGCCUUAACCACACGUGGUUUGCAUUGAAUGAUCUCAGCAUGUGAGUGUGUAUGCCUCAAAGAUGAUGAUGUGAUUUUUAUGCCGAUGUCCCCCUUUUUUUUUUUCCAGGGAGACACUGCUCUCUACUGGACCAGAUCAGAAAUGCACUGCUUCUCUCUAAACACGAGGGUUCUGCCUUUUACUAAUCAUACACGUCAUGUAGUCAUGUUGGAGAGAGGUUUAUCUGGUCUGAGUUAGUCACUCUUGAAUCCUGCCAACAAUAAUGGGUCCUAAACGGGUCCUAACAUUUUUGGUAUGAAAAGAAAAGUUUUUUAAAAAUGAUGUGAAACUGUAACACUUGCAUUUUGAUUGCCAAAUAAAGUUAUCCUACUGUACUGCUGACACCAAAUAAAGGGUUUUGUACACUG